AUGCAUACGAACUGGAGGUUAAUUGGAAGAACCAUCUCGGAGCUGCAGGUCAACAGGAAUUUGAAGUGGGUCAGUUGGAUAGGUUAUGACCCGGAUCCAAAGUGGUAUCCUACUGGAUAUCUAGAGAAUGCACCGUUGGCCCUGAGGGCUUUCCAUGAACAGUAUUCCAACAAGCCAGGUUCACCAGUUCGCUUGGAUAUAUGGUUAAAAGUCGCCAAGGAAGGCGGAUUUGUCGAAGAUCACAAGGAAGAUCGCGUUCCUGCUACGAACGCUUGA